AUGUUUAAGGCUCAGUGGAAUCAAAAGUUGGCCAAAAACAAAAAUGGAGACCCACCUCUUGAAGAGUAUUUUCCAUUUAUUGAAAUUAUAUAUAAACUACCGAGGAGUCAAAUUUUUACUCCAUGUCAUGACGCGAAUAGAAUUUAUCCACAUCCACAGAAACGUCGUUCUAAAGGUGAUCCACGUCCGAUGAAUUCAUUCAUGAUACUUACACUCGUUGUACGAAAAGUCGCAGAAAUCCAUAGCGUUGAUUUGGGUGAUGGAAGGUCUUGUAUAAGGAUUUGCCAAUUAAUGCGCUGGGGCGCUUCUAAAAGUGAAUGGGGGAUUUAUUUGAAGUUACAAAAAGAAUUUAAAAACAUUCACUCUCAUUAUUAUCCAUUAUAUGACUAUCGAAAAAAAUCCCAAGUUUCCGAUAACAAAGAAUUUGUUAUCGUUAAGUCUGAUGAUUAUAAAGAAGCUGAAGCUCUUCUUUCUGAGUCUCGUAAUAAAAAAAUUGCCUCGUCCGCUUUACCUUCUUGGUUUUCUACAAAGAAUGGAAAGAAUAGACGGAUGGCUACAAAGUUACAUCUAAAUUUACCUGUAACGAACACAAACAUUCCCUAUCAGGAAAUGGUUGAUUCUCAAGUUAUCAUGACGACUCUCCUACCAUACGACUUUAAUCCUCAAUUUGGUUCUCGAGAUAAUUUUCCUCUAAGUCUAUCACCUAUUUCCCAACUUGGGUCCUUUAAAGUUGUCGUCCCCAGCUCACCGCCAGUUUCUCAGGAAGUUAUCGUUCCCAGUUCAUCACCGGUUUCUCAAAAUGUUGGCAUUCAAGAUACAUCUAUACCUGAUUCUCCGUUCAUUUCUCAAAUCAACUCAGCCAACUCAGUUAACUCAGCCAACUCAGUUAGCUCACCUAGCUCAGUUAGCUCAGUUAACUCUCAGGAAAUAGUAGUUACCAACUCACCGCAGGAACCUCAAGUUAGUUGUCAAGGCUCAAUGACUCCUAGCUCGCCAUUUAUUUCUCAAGAUUUUAUUCCUAAUUUACUUUCCACCCCAUAUUUCGGUUAUCCUAUCGACCUCCCUAACUGUCUCGAGCAAUGUUAUUCAAACAUACCUAUUCCUUCUAUUGCGGUCAAUUGCCAAUACCAACAAGUUCCAUGUUCAAAAAUUUAUGAUAAAACUUUUUAA